AUUCGGGCUUGUAUCUCAGACGCAAAAUGGCAAAGUACGGCGCAAUGUGUAUAUUAGUCGUCGGUAUUGUAGUCGACGUUAACUGACAGCGUUUCGAUUUUUCCGAACUCUUCGAGUUUCUUACUGUAUAGUGCGUUCUUACCUUAGUAUUUGACACUAAUUACAAAAGUUCGUGUACACCACCAGUUGUUUAUCAAACGAAACGUUUUCUUAGUUUCCUGGUACAUAAUCGAGGCCAUUGUCACAGAAAUGGAUUUUUCAAUACACGAAAACAUUUCUAUUUGAUGAACUAAAACAUUCAUUAUUCUGUGAAGUAAUAUUUAUAUGUAAGUAUGCAAUAGGUAACAAUAAUCUAUUCUGUAGUUCGAUGCUGAUACUGCCCAAUCAAGAUUUUGUUCUUCCAUUGUAACAUACACAUUUGAAAAAUAUUUCAGUUUUUUGAUACCUACACAUCAUUCAUUUGUUAACUAUUAGUUUACUUAAUAUUAAUGUGUAAACUACUGUAAGUGCUUACUUAUAAAUUAAUUACGGACUUUCCGCCUAUAUAUUAGGUACUUAUUGAAGUUUGAGUAUUUAACUUGUUUGAUAUAAAAAUUUAACUUAAACUAAUAUGAUUAUUAAUUUGAUUUAAUGAUUUAUAUUUUAUAAACUAAUGUAAUGUUAUUAAAUAAUAAUUAUUAUUUUUAACCACACCCAUUUGGAGAUAUGUUUAAGGGUAUUUUUAUUAAGGCGGUGUCACAUGAUAUGUAGGUUUGGUCAUGCAAUAUUUCUUUGUACUUUUUAAAUAAUUUGUAGAAUUUGUAGAAUGCUAAAUUGAUAUAAACAAUUUUUAUAGUAGAUGUAUUUUUUAAUACAUAAUGUAAUUUUUUUAAAUUACUUUCCAUUUAUUAAACUUGUAUAGGUACCUAUAUCAAUAAAUAUUUUUAUUUGAAUUCAUAAUAUUAUUGAUUAAAAAUUAAUUCCUAAUAUUAUGAUUGUGUGGGGAAAGGUUUUGAUACUGUCAGUAAAUAUCAAACCCUAUAGAAACAAUAAAAUAUACUAAUUUAUUAUUUUCUCAAGUAUUUAUUUAAAAAUGCAUAAAUUAAUUAUUACAGGUACUUACCUAACAUAAAAUAUUAAAAUUAAAUUUAAAAUCGUUACCAAUUAGGAUCAAGUAUAUCGAAAUAUAAGUAGUUCUAUAAUAUUGAUGAAAAAAAGUUAUAAAAAAAGUAAAAUCACGAAUUGUGAUACCUAAAUAAUAUGUAGGUAUCCUUGGUCAUCGUUUAAAAUAGUUAAGAUCAAUAUAUCAUUGUAUAUGUACCUAUAAUGUGUAUUUUCAUUUUCAAAAUAAUAAUAAUUUUUUUUUUUCAGAAAGUUUACUAGUUACAUAACGAUGGGUGGAAAAACCACAAAGUUAUUUCGAAACACAAGCCACUCUUCAAAAACACAGGAUGAAAGUGAUACUGAAUUCCAUGAGCAACUUCACACUUAUACUGACCUGCCAGAGGAAACCAAAGAGGAGGAGACUAUUGUUAAAAAACCUGUUAGCCCUUUUGUACAUUAUAGGAAGGGGUGAGAAAAGAAAUUACCAUUAUUAUAGUUAUUACAUGGGUUUUGGGCAAAAAAAAACUUUUCUGUUAGCUUCUUAUUAAAUACAUUAAAAACUAAAUAAAAGUAGGGUGUAUAAUUAAUAGUAUAAAUAACAUUGAGAUGGUGAAAAACUAGUAACUAACUAUUUAGUUUAGAUUCUGAUUCAAAAAAGUAGAAGGUCCCCGUCAAAUAUGCAUUAAUGUGAUGUAUUUUUUUUUAUACUUUUGGGAUUGGGUAAUGGGUCCAAUAUGCGACCUACAUCUAAAAUGUAACAUUAAAAUACAAAUUAAUUUAACUAACCUGUAAAUUAAUUUCAUGCAUUUUUAUUCUACUUCUCAGUGUCCUUAAUUGAAAUAUUGUUACAGUCAAUCAUUGUGACCAAUAUGUCAUCAAAAAUGAUUCAUGGAUUUUGACAUAAAUAUAUCUAUAAUAGGAGACUCCCUAUUUUUUUUAUAUUGUACUUGGAUUCUAUAAUUUUCCACAAGCCUUCAAUUUGUUGAGUGUGUGCUCCCGUUUCCGGCCAAUAAAAAUUUUGAGUGGUUAACCAUUUGAUGAAUGUAUGUAAUGUAUGUAUCCUUGAUGUAAUGUUGAGUACACCCUUCAUUAGUUGCUAUAGAUUUUAUUUCCAGUUUUUAUUUCAUUUUUAGUAAUCAGUAUAUAAUUUUCUCAGUCUUAUUUUUCUAAAAUAAAAAAUCGGCAUUCUAGUAGUAAGUCUAGCUAUUUCCAACAAAUUCCAAAUACCAAUGGACCUUGUAUAAGAUUUCCAUCAUUUUUUAUUUAUUUGUACUGUUCCAUUUUAGUCAUUAGUAUUAUUUAUUUCUCUUAAUGACUGAUGGUCUCCCCACAUUGUACGGUUAUACAACUACAGUUAUACUUUCUUUUAACUUGAAAAAGGGAUUCGUCAAUUUGGACAGUAAAACGAUGACCACCCAUUUUCUUUCUUUUUGAAAAUCAAUAUACUGGUAUAUCUCUACAAUGGUUAUGCCAAUCAAUGAUGGUGCUUUUGCUUCUACCAGUCCAAUUUACAGUUUAAUGUACAGAACUAAACAAUAUCGAUUGGUAAGUCUGGAAACCUCAUUUUGUACAUAGUAAUGUUAUAAUUUUUUUCAUAGUCCAUCAAAGUUUGUUUUUUUACUAUUUCUUAAAUAUUCUAUUAGUUGACCAUUACAUAAAAUACCAUCCUUUAUCUUUAUGCACAUUAUCCGAUUAUCAGCAAAUAAUAAUCGUUGUUCUUUUAAAUAUUGAACGCAUGUUUCUUCUGUUUUAAUAAUAUGUUUACUAAGGUGACCAAUUGUCGAUGUCAUUUUAAAAAUUUAGUAAUUCACAAAACACAAAAAUUCAAAAGAUAAGCGCACAUGACUAUAGUAUUUAGCCUCAACCACUACUAAAUCUAACAUUUAAUCUAAUACAUUAGUAUUACCAUUAACAAUAUGUUUACCCCAAUCAUCAACCCUCGUACUUACAAUGUCUAAAGUAGAAAUCUUUAUUUCUAAACUGGACUUCAUGAACAGCCCUCCUAUUUAAAAUUUUUUUAAAAAACUUGUCAUCUAUGACUUCAUCACAAAACAAGUAUCGCAACUUAAAAUUCAAUUCUUGUAUAGCUGACCUUAAUUUUCUUUUUUUUGGUAAUAUGUAACUAGUACCAUGUAAAUACUUUGCAUUUACUGUGGCUUUGAUACUUUGGGAUCUGGUGUAAUCUUUAUAAUAUUUUGAGUGUACUUUUACAUUUUGUUUGCUCACAUUUAUUAAUGAAUCUACACCUUUAGAUUUUAAAUAUACUGCGUCACUUUUCGAGUUUAUUAGAUUUUCACAAAUUCAACACUUACUUAAAGACUAUCUACUUCUAUUUUCUAAUUUCAAAUAAAAAAUAAUUUAUGAAUAUUUAAAAUUAUAUAAAUUAGAUUGAAAACAGUAUUCGCACAAUUAGUUUUAUUACAUUACAGGCACACGACUGAAGUAGAUUAAAUGAUUUAUGAUUAUCAAAGUUAUUUAAAGAAAUACUUUGUACGGUAUUUCUAUAGUAAGAAUAAUUAUAGUAUCUAUGAUAUUUCAUGUGCAAUUAUCAAGGUAAAUAUGUUCCCACAAAAUAUACUGCAAGUAUAUUUUUUAUAGAUAAUUAUCUCUUCUGUAAUAUAGUAUGUAAGCAUUUUUCUUAUAAGCCUAUGUUUGUCAAAAUUGAGUCUAAUUUGCCUGGACUAGUUAAUCAAUACAACCUUAUCAGCAGGUCAACUAACAUUUGUAGGUGGCAUAUUGAACUGUUACCCAAGAUUGUCCUCAUAGAUUUGAUCAAAACAUAGUUAUGAAAGUUAUAAAGGUCGUACUCCUGUUAAUUUAAUAUUACUAUAGUAAUAUUAUAUUAUUUGUUAAAUUUUUUAUAUCAUACCAAAUUGAUAAAAUUAUUGGAUGGGAUGAGAUAUCUUUUUAUGAACAAUGUGGUUUACUUCCAAAAUUUCUUCAUACAUAAAUAUCUAUAUAGUACUAUUUAAUGGUCUAAGAUCUCUAUAGUUUAUUAUUUAAUAGUCCACAAUUCAUAUAGUACACUAUUUUUAUUUUAGCUAAAAGGCUAGUUUAAUAUGCAUGUUUAUAGUUAUACAUAUCUUUCUUAAAUAAUUAUAAUAUUAUUUUAGUUGUGGAUUAUAAAUAAAUAUCUAGUUAAAUGUACAGAUUGAGUGGAUCCUUGAUGAAUUGAAAUUCAAGGGAAAUUAAUUUUUUUCCACAAUAAAGGUUUUAGGAAAAAAAAAUUGACUUAAAGAAUUUGUGUAACUUAUUAUCAGUUAUUAUUAUUUACAUAUAAAUUACAGUGUAUUUAAUUAUUAUUAUUGCAAAUUAUGUAGUGUUACAACUUAACAAGAAAUAAUUUUAAAUUGUAUUUUGUGUUUGGUUUUUGCACAUUCAAUUGUCAAUACUGAAUGUAGUGGCAAUAAACUGAAUUAAAUAUAAAAAUUACAAUUAAAGUGAUAAGAUUAAAUUAUCUGCAUAACAGGGGGAUUUGACAAAUGUGAAAAACUAACAAUAAAUAACCAUUAUUAUCAUCUAUUUUCGAAAGAAUGCCAAGGUUCCACUGUACAUUAUCCUUAUAUCUAUAUAUUUUACAGCCAAUUAUGAAUAUUGGAUAAUAUCAACUUUUGGUCUAAUAAAACUGAUUUUGUGCUUUUCUUUAUGAUAUUAGAGUGAAUUAUUAUCAAACUUAAAAAUGAGAACAAUUUUUGUGUGAUACAUUGGUUUUUUCCACAGUUUAAAUUUUUUAAUAAAAAAAAAAAAAACCAAUUUAACACUAUGUUUAACCUUUAAGUUUGAUAAUAAACCAAUUCACUCUAAUAUUAAAACUAACAAAACAAAAUUGGCACUAUUAGCAAUUUUUUUUUUUAACAAAGCUAUCCAAAUACUCUUCUGAGUGACCCAUUUGUAAUUGUAGUAUUACUUAAGAAAAUUAAAAACCUGUUUAAUAUUUGAGAAGUCUCUAUAUUAUUAUAUGCUUCAAUAAUUUUACUGAUGAAUUUACAUGAUUGUUGUAUGGAAAACAUACUGAUAUAAUAAACUUACAAAUAAUUGGGGAAAUUAAGGAAAUAGAAAUGUGUAACUUGUCCAUGGAUACAGUUAUCCACAAUGAAGAAUCAAUUAAUUUUUUUUAAAGUUUUAAAUUAACAAUUACCAUUUGAUAUGCUUCCUAAUAAAAUAUCAUUUUAAUUAUUUUAUUAAGAAACAUAAAUUUACCUAAGUUAUCCAAUAACACUAAUUGUCAUGUCGCAUCUCUUAUCAUUAUUCUAAAAAAUGUAAUUGAAGGUGAAAUUUUGAUAGGGUGUGCUAUGGGAGAAAAGCUAUUGUUAACAGAAAUACUAUUAUUCCAUAAUAAUAUUCAGUUCAGAAGAGUUCAAUUUCAAUAAAAGUUUGCUUUGCAAUGACAAUAAAUAAAGGGCUAAGUCAAACAUGACCUCAUUGUGGAGUUGAUUAGAAAAAUAACUGCUUUUCAUAUGAAUAAUUUAUUAUUUGUAGCAUUUUCAAGAGUUGAAACAGCUGACUAUUUAUAUAUUUAUGCACCACAAAAUAAAACUGAAUAUAUUAUAUCAAGAAGUUUUGACUUAAAUUAUUUGGUAGUAUAUUACUUUAUUCAGAGUUCUAUCUAUAAUAUAAUUAAUAUAAUAUCUUUUCCUUAUCUGUAAAUAUACAAAUCAUUAUGUUUCUGCACUACAGCAAAAUUGUUUAAACAAUAAGAUAAAUUAAAUAUAGUAGAUAUUACAUUUUUGUUCAAAACUGCAAACAGGAAUAUUAUAUCUAGUAAUAUUAUUAACACUUUUAUUUUAAAAUCGAACAAACACCAUAAUCUUUUUUGGUCAGAAAACAAUUCCCAUUGUCAUUUACCACCAUUUUUGACAUCAUAAUAAAAAUAGAUGUGAUUAUAUAGGAAUUGUGAAUUACAAAAUAUUUGUAACACCAUAAGAAAUUAUUAUUUUUAUUAUUUAGUCACUCAUUCAUAUUGCAAACCAAGCUGAAAUUGAAACAAGAAGAGUAAGCUUGAAAUACGAGUAAAUACUUAUUAGAUUAUCCUUAUAUUAUAUAUAAAAGAAUAGGUCUUUUUUAUGUUUUAAUUUUGUAAUGACACUAACUUUUUUCCAAUUUUUUUUUCACUAAGUUGUUUCAAAUACUUUUCUGAGUGUCACCACAUGAUUUUUCAUUUUUCUUUUUUUUUGUCUGAGAGGGGGAGAAGGGAAAUGUAUUUAAAGGUUGUGGUUCUUUAGCAUGUCAUUUAAAUAAUUUAAUGAUUCUUUUUUUUACAAAGUUGUCCCAAAUACAAGUGAUCUAUUAUUUACAAUUUAAUUUAUUUUUUAAUUGUUUACAUACUUUGUUGUUAGUAAACGCUGGCCAACAAAUAAAACUAUGGGCCUGUAUGAAUUCUCCUAGGUUAGGUUAGGCUCCAUGUCACCUCUUUCUCAAAAAUGUAAUUGGAACUGACAUUUUGACCAAAGGGGAGAAAACAUAUUUUUACUAAAAAUAACAUUAUAUCCCAAUGAUUUUCCAGUUCAGUUCAGAAGUGUUAACUUACUGUGGUGUAAUUUGGAAAAGAACUGUUUUUCACAUGGACAAUUGUAUGUAGCAUUUUCUAGAGUUGGAUGAUCUGGCCAUUUAUAUGUUUAUGCCCAACAAAAUAAAACUUUGAAUGUGGUAUACCAUGAGGUUUUGACUUAAGUCAUUUUAGAAUUGAGUAACUCAGUAUAGAAUCAUUUUUAAUAAUAAUAUGUGUAUAGAAUUAUUAGAAUCAUUUGUAAAUAUUAUUAUUAUUUUUUUUUUUUAUUUGUUAUUCAACUGCUACUACUGCUAUUUAAAAAUUGAUUAAAUUAAGUAAAAUCAAUUUUUUUUUUCUUUAAAACACAACAAUGGGUGUUGAAUUUAAGAAUUUCAUUUGGAAAGAGCAAAAUGGAUAAUUCUACAUAUUCUGCAUAUCCAAAUCUGGAUAAUUCAGCAAGUAUGAUAUAAAAAAAUUAGACAUUUAUAACAGGGCAUUAAAAUAUUAGACUACAAAAAUAUUAAAUAUUUUUGAAAAUAGAAAUAAUGCAUAGGGAUUAGGGACUACUAAUUCUGUAACAAAUGUGGCACUUGAGUAUUGAGAAUAACCUGUAUGCUUUUUGCUGAAGUUUACUUGAGCAUUAACAAAUACUGUUGUGUAACUACUGUGCCAACAAACCUGUUACAGUUAGUAUUACAGAAUUCCAGUAUAUUAUGUAUUAAAUAGCAUUAAAAUCAAUGGAUUUUAAAGACAAUUUUAAAAAUACUAGUUUAAAAUGUUUAGUACUUUUUUUGUUUUUUGUCAGUUAUAUUCUUGUUUUUAAAUUUUUUUUUUUUUAAAUUAUUGAUACCAGGUUAGGUUACCUAUUAUUUUUUUACAGGAAGUAAAUGGAAAAAUAAUUAUUUUUCAUUCUGUUGAUGUCAUAUAUAUGUGAAUAUUGUUUCCCGAAACUAAAAUAUGUUAAAACAUGUUUGCAUAUUUGAGAAAUAUCUUAGGUUUAAACUACUUGAAAGUAGUUGUAGUAAAUAAUAAAAUAUUAAAAUAUAAAAUUAUCUUGCUAUUAUGCUGAUGUAUAGAGAAAAGGGUUUUAGCAGUAGAUCUUUUUACCAGAAUUGUUUUUAUGAUAUCUAGUCAUGACUCAACAUUUUUAGAGCUAAAAUUGUGGGUGUUGGGAAUAGAUAAUGCAAAAUUUAUUUAGAUAAAGAUAAAAGAUAAUAAGUGUGAAUUUAUCUAAAUAAAGAUAAUGAAUAAAAAAAACUUAAAACCCUGUUAACCUAAAUCUCGAUUUUAAAAUUUUAAGGGUUGGUUAUUUUCUGACAACUAUCUAGGUAAGUAAACAUUUUAUCUUAGACAAAUACUUAGAUAACUUGGUUUUAUUUAUCUAGAUAAAAUAAAAGAUGACUAAAAAUACAUCUAGAUAAGUCCCAACACUAUUGGUAGGUCACUGUAAUAAAUGGGAAGUUUAAAUAAUAUAAGAUUAUAUGAAAUCCCAAAUUUUUAAUAUUUAUAUAUAUUUUACUAAAUGGAACAAUCAAGGUGUUAAAAUUGCAAUCCAUUAAAGAUGAUUAUUUUGUUCUCAUUGAAUAUUUAAAAUGUAUAAAUUGAUAAAAUAAUUUAAUUUUGUGGCAGAUCGAUGUUUAUAGAUGAAGAUGGUGAUGUUGCCCAUGAAUUUUAUGUAGAGACAAAAGUGGGGUCCAAAGUAACCUUAAAAAAAAUCAGUAACCGUCAUUUAACUCCUCAGGUAAUAUGAGAACUAUGUAUAAAUAGUUUAUUCUAAUUUUUUAAAUUUAUUUGUGUAUUUUUUUCAGGGCAAUGUACGUUUAGAUGUCCCAUGCUUAAGGAACGAUUAUCCACUUAUUCUUUGGGACCAGAAUAAAACAAAAGAAUAAUUGGCUUGUUAACCAAUAAAAUAUUUUGUUUCUGUGAUAUUGUUCUUUCUCUUGUUUAUUUAAAAAUACAUUAUACAACAUAUAAUCUAAUUUGCAUCUAGUACAAUUAAUAAUUAUUUAUACAACAUAAUAUAGUACUUAGUUUAGAGUAUUGGACCUCCAAUAACUACUAAUAACAAAUAUUAGUAUGAGUAUCUACUUACUUUUUUGAUAACAAUAGCAUUUAUAUUAUUUUAAUUACAGUAUUUACUGGAAUUUAAUUAUAAUUUAUAUUGCAUAUGUGUGUUUUGUUAUAUGUGUUUUAUGUAUAUUUAAAUAGUCAUAUAAAUUUAGUUAUGAUUUGUUUACCAAUUUAUUUUUCAUUGCCCAAUAAGUAACAAAUUAUUGUUAAUUUUUUGUUUUAAUAAUUUUUGUUUAUAUCAUUGAUGGUUUAUAUUUUAUAUUUUGUUUUCCUUUUUUUAAUUUUUUGGUUUUUUUAAAAUAAUACCCAUAUUCAUGAGUAUUAUGUUCAUUAUUGUAUAUCUGUUCAUUAUUGAUGGUUAAAUUGUAACUAAUGAUAUAGUAUUGUUAAUUUAGUCAUUUCAUUAAGUACAACACUUAGAAAUACUAUAUUAUUAUUUUGUUUGUUUUUAGUAAAAUUAGUUAUAUUUUAAUGUAUAAUAUUAUGUAAUAUAUUUAUUUCUUCAUGGUAUAUUAAACUUUACACUUAUUAACACUACAAUUUAUUAUUAUUUUUUUUUUUACUUUAAUAUAAAACCUAAAUAUUUUUAAAUGUUUUACAUUUGUUUGCUUUUAAAUGUAAGGUAUCUUGCAUAUCACAAGAUAUGUAAGAUCAUAAUUUUGUUUUUAUUUAUUAUUUUAGUUAGGUACUCUUAUGAAAAUAUUAAUUAUUUUUUGUAUAUAUGUACAGUAGAGUACCCAUAAUUUCUCAUAGAAGAGGCAAAAAAAGAAAACAAACAAAUUUACAAGUUUAUUUCCUUUAUUACAAUAAAAAAUGUACUGUAUUUUGUCAAUAAAAUAUGUGAAAAUAAACUCCAUACACCAUAAUAAAGUAACAUGCACAUGGCACAAUUAUAAGAAACCCCCCCCUCCAGAACUAUUGCCAGUGGAGAAGGCCAUAGCCACCUGCCUCUCCACUCUGGCUGUACUGUCCACUGUACAUGUACAAAAUAAUAAUUUUUAGGUUUCUGUAUUUAAAAUAGUACAGAACACAUUAAUAGUUGAUAAGUUUUUAGUUUAGUAUAUAACCAUUAACCAUAGUUAUUAUCCAAAGUUUAGAGAUAAAAUAUUUAUUUAAUUUAAACGCCUGUUGAGCCUGUGUCCUCUAAUUUUGAACUCUGUAUUUAAAAAGGAUUAAUAAUGCUGACAUGUUAAAAUCUAAUUAUAAAUUAUGACUAAUUUAAUAUACUGAAAUGUCAAAUAUACAUGUAGCUUAGUAUGUAUAAUACAAAAAUGUACUAACAAAAUGUUAUAAUUUUAAUUAAACCAUAGAAUUUUUAAUUUAUGAGAAAUAUAAAUGGUUGUUUUAGUAUAAAAUGCAUUUUAUAUUACGCUAAGAGUAUUUUAUUUAAUCUUGAAAUGUGAAUGAACUACUUAUCUUUAUCUAUAGUUAAUAUUAUUUAACAUUUUUAAUUAAUAAUUAUUAUUCUUAAACUAGUCUCAGCUUUUACGUAGUUGCUUACAUGUUAAUUAUAAACUGCAGUAUUAUAUUUAUAAUGUUAUAAAUGCAGAUUUUAUUUUAAAAUAUUUUAGAAAAUUACUUAUUAUUGCAUACCUACACCAUUAGAGUAAGUACUGGAGCAGGACAGUAUCACAGAUACAAUUGUAUCUGUAUCUUUUUUUAGUUUAUGUAAUCUAUCAAUGUAUGCAUCUUGUAUCAAGAUAUUUUUUACUAAACCUGUAACAAGUAUCUUUUUUUGUUAAAAGAUACAAGAUAAAUAUUAUUUGGUAAUUAUAAUAAAAAAAAAUUAAAAUAAGGAAAAACCUAAAAUGAUUGUUCAUGUUAACUAUUUUAUAAAAAUUUCAUUUAAUAAACAUCUAAAUAUAUGUUAUUGAUUAUCCUAAUUUAUGAUAUUUAAUACAGAACAUUUACCUUUAUAUAUUAUAUUAAUUAAUUAUUAUUACAUUUUGUGUGUACCUAAUUUUAAUCUUUGAAAC